AUGAGCUCGCAGCAGUCACCAUCGCCGGCGGAGGCGAAGUCACCGCGACCGCCCGCGCCCACCACUACCGUAACCGCUCUCGACGAUGAUCUCCUCCGCGAGAUCUUCCUCCGCCUCCACUCCCUACCGACCCUUGUCCGUGCCGCCCUCAGCUGCCGCACCUUUUUCCACGCCGUCCGGUCGUCGCCCGCCUUCCGCCGGAGCUUCCGGGAGGUCCACCCACCACCUCUCCUCGGCCUCUUCUUCGACCCCGACGGCCCCUCCAUCCCCGCCUUCGCACCCCUCCGCCGCCGCUCCGACCCUGACCUCGCAGCCGUCGUCCGCGGCGCCGAUUUCUUCCUCACCCGCCUCCCCGACGACGACGACGACGACGCCGCCUUACCGGAGUGGGUCAUAUACGACUGCCGCGACGGCUACAUCCUCCUCGAACACGGAAGCCUGGAGCAGUACGCCGUCUACAACCCCCUCACACGGGCCCUGGAUCUCAUCCCCCAGCCGCCCGACGAGAUCUUCGACGACCAGCACGGCGACGCCUCCUGUCUUGGGUGCUACAUCCUCUCCUCCCAAGAGGGCGGCGAACCACUGCGCCUGGUCUACACCUGUCACGACGAGUCGCGGGCGCGUGCCGCCGUCUUCUCAUCAGAAAGCAGGGAGUGGCAGAUCCUCCCGUGGUCGGAGCCUGUGAGGCCACUGCCUGAGGACGAACACUGGCUUAAGGUUGGCACGAUGGCGAAUGGCUUCGUCUACUGGACACACAAAAAUCAAGCCUACAUCCUUGUGCUGAACACUGUGACACUGCAAUUCUCCCAGAUGGAUGUGCCGCCAGAUUUGGUGGAUCAAGAUUUAAUGUUUAAGGUUGGGGAGACCAAGGAUGGAAGGCCUUGCAUUGUCUGCCCGAUUGAUUUUGAGCUUCAUGCUUGGGUAUGGCGAGCCGGUCAGGAUGGAAUUGAGACAUGGAUAUUCGACAAGAAGUUUUCCUUGGAGACGAUUGUCGAGGUCACUGAGGGUACAUUUGAGCAACAUUGUGAACUGAAGGUUUUGGCCAUCAUUGGUGGAUUUGUGUACUUCUGUACCAUGGAUAUGUUGCAUGAUGCCAUUUAUCCUUGUUGGUUCCUGUCUCUAUGCAUGGAGACGGGGGAGCUGGGCACGCUCUUUCGGAGGAGAUUUGACGGCCAUGUUUACCCCUACAUCAUGGCAUGGCCUCCUUCUUUGAUAGACAACAAGGUGAACCCUCAAUUCGAAGGUGCUUGA